AUGGCCACGGACGAACCACCAGCGAGAAGGCAGCUAGACCUCGGCGGCAUCGAUAGUGACAUGGUAUUUCAUCGCAAUGUCGACUUCAUCAUCAGCGCUGGCACGGUCACCUUCCACCCCAGGACCCAAGAGGUCCUCGUCAUUCUCAACAAGAAGUACCAGGAGGAUAUCUGGCAGCUCCCCAAGGGCCGCAGGAACAUCAGCGAGAACAUCCGCGACGCAGCUAUCCGCGAGACCUACGAGGAAACCGGCUAUCACGUGAACCUGGUCCCCGUCCUCAUGCCCACGCGAGCCACACAACCGCGGAGUCAGCAGCCGGACGGCCCAAAGAGCACCGUCAUCGACCACCUCGGUACCGAGCCGGUGGGCAUGGUCACAUACACCGAGCCGGGGGCGGGCUCAGACACGGAUGCCCAGAAAAUGUGUUUCUUCUACCUUGCGACGUUAGCGGAUCCCGAUGCCGCCCCGCACGAGAACACGCAGGACCUGGGCGAGGGGCUGGAGGCGAGGUGGAUGGGGGUCGCGGACGCCAGGGCAGCGCUCAGAUUCCAGGCGGAGAAGGAGGCCCUGAUGUCUGCUGAUGUGUAUUGGACCCGAGCUGGUCGGCCCGAGGCCAGACCUCAGUGUGCAGAGAAGGGCCAUCCCACUGCGCUUCAGAAACUGAAGGCAAUGCAUGGGGAGACGGUCGCUAGCAAUGUCGACGGAUAG